ACACAUCUCCUGCUUGUUUAUUUCCGUCUGUGUAGCUGGAUGUAGCAGUGCAGUCGCUCUGUAUUGUCGCGUCGAGGCCCCGAGUAAUGAGGAAAUAACCCUCCUGCUUUCUUCCGUGGGCAGCAGCAGAGCAGCUUUCGGUUUACACUUCACUUCGGCGUGACUUUUUAGCACUCCAUGUUCUAGACCUUAUAUUUUAUUUUUUUUAAUUAUGAUCAUAAUCUUUCUAAACUCUGCCAGACUGCACAGGGGGUAAAAAUGACCAGGAGAAUUGUGAAUUGAGGCCGUGAGAUCCGCCGCUUAAUCAAGAUUUAUUUUUUUGACAAGAUCUGAACCCUUAAGUUAAAGGACAGACCCGAUGGAGGAUACAGGAACUGCGUUAACUCCGUCUGAACCAGAUGCUCUUGGAGCGGACUUUAUCACAGUGGAACUCGAUACCCAGCCCAUUGAGUAUGUGGUCAAGUGGGCCGAAGUUGGCUCUAAAUUUACUCUGUCCUGUGUGAAAAGGGAAUCGGACGAGAGCUUUCCGUCUGACCACCUGGUUAAAACCGAUUCUGACGAGAGGUUCUUUGUCCCGUAUGAGGCUGUGUACGCGGAGUGUGAGGACACAGAAACUGGCCUGAUUGCCUCACAGGAGGAAGAGGUGAGGAGUGUUUCGGAUGUCGACGAGCACACGGUGCUUGUCAGCACCCAGCUUGGGGAGGAGGAAGAGGAAGUUGAUGGCUCAGACAGUGAUUGGGAUAAAGGGGGAUCCCAUUCGAGAAAUAGGCCAUAUAACUGCCACAUCUGUGGCAAGAGCUACAGCCACUCGUCCAGUCUGGCCCGCCACCUGCACCUCCACUCUACAGGUGACCAUUUGGCCAAUUCCACCUCGCCUCUUUCUAAAGUGAGUGGCAAGUCAGAGGAUGGGAAAAAGCUCCUGCAGUGCAACUUGUGUGGCGUGCGAUGCAAUGGCAAGAGGCUCCUGGCAAUCCAUAAGAAGUGCCACAAAAUCAAGAGACUGCACACAUGCAAUGCAUGCGGCAAGUCGUUCAACCACAGCUCAAGCCUUUCGCGCCACAGGCUGAUCCAUAAAAAAGGCCUGGACAAAAAGCUGAAGCCACUAUACACGACACCCACACCGGUGCCCAUCAUAGCCCAUCAGAACCGCCCGUCUGGCCGUGGAUCGAAGAAGAAGAAGAAGUCGCAGCAAACGGAAAGUAAAUUUGCUGUGGGUGAGAAGCAGUACCAGUGCACGCAAUGCGACAUGGUGUUCAGCACCUCCACCAAUCUGUCCAAGCACCAAGUGUCUCACGUGCGGCAGCUGCUCAACUCCUAUGCGCAGGGCAGAGACACGCUGGACAAGUCCUCAGACCUGAAGAUUCGCCUGAAGCUCUGCUCGCGCGACAAGCCCAAUUACUACACGCUGUGUAAGAAGAACAAGCGCCGCAAAGGUGCCAAGAAAAGGCUGUCGUUGACCGAUGAUGAACAGCCAUAUUCGGGCUGCGGCGUCGCUCUCGCCAAAUUCGAGCAAUCGCACGCUAGUGACAGGCGCUACACCUGCAAUGUGUGCAAGAAGACCUUUGUGCGCUUGUCCAACCUGAAGCAGCACCAGCAGACGCAUGCCUCUGGCAAGCUCUAUGAGUGUCAGCACUGUGGGAAGACCUUCGUUCAUUCAUCUAGCUUCUCACGCCACAAGAAGGUCCACUCUGGGAUAAAGCAGGCACCUAAACAAAGUAAACACGAGAUGAUCGACGAGAGCGCACCUCUGGAGUCGGAGUCGGAGUGAGAGACCCUCACGUUCCAGGACUGUCCAAGCACAGCUUAUGGAAAAGUCCUUAUUUUUGUCCCUCUCCUCCAUUUCCUUUAUUUUUUUCCCCCCCAACCUUUUCUGAUUUUGUUAAAGGACAGAUAAUUUGGCAUUGCUCUCAUUGUGAAGUGGGUGUGAUGUUGCUGGCUGUGUGUUUGUCAGCAAUAGGCGUCAAUAUUAUAAUAAUAAUAAGAAGAAUAAUAAGAAUAAUAAUAUUCUUUUUUUUUUUGGUGGGGUGAUGUUCGAGGAUGUUCAGGCCAUCUUUGGCAGUGUAAAGUAUAAAAGAUUUGUACAUUUUUGUUGACAUUCCCUUAUUGGUCAUGGUUAGGGACAGUUAAUUUAAUGGCAGGGUAAUAGUUUUGCCAAUUCUGUAGUGUUAUGUCUACCUUUUUAUUUGUAGUCCUUCAUAACAAAAAAAAAAAAUUUGACAUUAGCAUUGCAGGUGUUAAAUAUUUUGGAUGCUUGCACUAAACACACCUGAAAACAAAAUGAAGUACUUAAUAGAAAAAAAAACCUGUAGGGUUAAAAAUAGUAAAGAAUAAUUGGAACCCAGUGUUUGCUGUUAGUGGGCCAAUAGUAAUUUGUGUGGCUAGCAGCUCCUCAAAAGACACUGAGAAGUUCUUGAAGUAUGGGUUUGAGGUUUAAUAUAGCUAUACAAAAUUCAACAAUUUGACCUUUUUUUGACCAGAGAUCCUGUCACCUCUCCUCCCGUUACCUUCGACCAACAAAUAUAAUCCUCUAAUCUCUUCAUAUUUUUCACUUUUUUUUUUUUUCUUUUGGUAAUUGGUUUUUAUUAAAACAUACAUACACUCAGUGACUUGUAUUCGUUGGUUCAAAUUUAAAUGUUGACGAGAAUAUUUGGUUGUGUGUUCUGACCUGCCAAGUAGACAAGCCUUCCCGAAAGAAAUAUUUUGUUCGUGUUUGACAAAUCAGAGUUGGAGUCAGAUUAUUUUUUAUUUUUUUUGCUCUGCACAGUGCUUGGUGCUCUAGUACUGUUCUUCCUUCAUCUGAUUGAUUAAAGCGCGAACGUUCUGGAAGGUUACUUGUCCAUUUGUCAAACUAUGAAAUCCAUCUGGGUUACACAGAACUGCAAAUUGUGGUGCAGCCAUCCACAGGAAUGCAUUCAGAAACGGUGACUUCAUAUAAAUUAGCGUGUGUGUGUGUGUGCAUGUUGAAUAUAUUGAGAGAAUAUAAUCACCAAACAAAAUAUAUCUAUAUAUACAUUUUAAAUAUGUGCAUAUGUGUAAAAAUGAAAAUGCCAUGAAGAAAGUUAUAAUGUGUGAAUGAUUUAUGAAUAACGUUUUAAUAAUUUAUGAAAUAACCAGGGGAUUUCAUAUUUCACCAGGCAUUGCACUAUCGAUCGAACAAAAACAAACCAAGCACUACAUACCCACUAAUUUGGAAUUAAACGUUAUACAGAGCAACAAAUGGGCCAUGCUAGAGUGAAAGUUUUGAAUAUUAAUGCUUUUUUUUUAAACCCCACCCAGUACUCGUCACACCUGAUUCAAAUAUUUGAUUUCUAAGAAAAGUAUAGUCAAAAUUCAUUUCAUGAAGUUAUUUUCACAAAGUUUUAUGAUGCUGUCAGUGACUCAGCGCCACCAAAGCUUUUAGGAAGCAACCUUACACAUGCACUUGAUUGGUUCUCUCUCAGCCGUGCACCUUGGCAGCGUUUUCUCGGUGUUCUUCAAUGUUCAUGUCAACUUGACCUUCUGCUUAACCAUUUAUUGUUCAAACUGAGGUUAAAUAGCAAUGACUAACCUAUUUUAAAGCCAUUGCUUGUUUGAACUAUGAAUCUUUCAGAGGUGUUGUUGCACAAAUCAAGCACAGCUCUGAUACUGGACAUGAUGUUUGCUGUGGGAGAAAAAAAAACACAAAGGAAAAACAUAAAUAUGCUUGGUACUCUGAUUUUUCUUCAUUUGUUUUGAAAUGGUUCCACUGUUCACCUUGAAGCUGAGGGUCAAAUUCCCUGAGUAAAAACAUUCAUUUAAUCUUAUUAGUCUCUUCUUGCCUCCAACUUUCUAAUGCGGAUAAACAGGUUUCUUCUUGUUUUCUGCACUUCUCUCCCCAUCAUGGAUCAUGUCAUAUCAUUACCUUCUGUUUUUAACCGCUGUCGUUGUCUCGUUUUUUGAUGCAGCGGACCUACAUCUAAUAUAAGAGGUGUAUGUUUUUGUGUUGUGUUUGCCAUUAGGAGACAACUUAUGAAUUUUCUGUCUUGCAGUUUUGUAAUAAAUAAUUGGUUCAA